CACAUGAUCUUCAAAGCCACGCACCUUGUAGUGCCGCCGAAAUGCAGCCUCUACCGAUAACUCUUGCGUCUCUCUCCUGCUGUCCAACCUAGCAAUGCGGCAUCAGACUGCUCUGCUACUCACUUCCAGACAAGGACAUUUCGCCUUGGGGAUAUCGAAGCUUCCCAAGCCUGGUCCAGGAGAGAUAUUAAUCAACGUGCGCGCGACAGCAUUGAAUCCUGUCGACUGGAAGAUAUAUGCUCUCGGGAUCAUUGUCAACAAGUACCCUGCAGUCCUCGGAAGUGAUAUCGCAGGCGUAGUCGAAGACGUUGGUGAGGGUGUCGCUGGUUUCUCUAGAGGCGACAGAGUACUUACUCAAGGUGUCAUCAAUGUGAAUAGUCACUCCAGCUUCCAACAAUACGCGCUCGGAUUUUCUGAUGUGACUGCGAAGAUUCCAGAGCACCUCACCUUCGAGCAAGCUGCGACGAUUCCUCUCGCUCUCGCAACCGCCGCUGUUGGCCUGUUCAACCAGUACUCGGAAUCUGGCAGUGCGCACCUGUACCCGCCAUGGGAGCCUGGUGGGCGUGGCAAAUAUGAUGGAGAGCCAUUCCUCGUCUUUGGCGGUUCAAGCUCUGUAGGCCAAUAUGUCAUACAGCUUGCCAAAUUGGCGGGCUUUGAACCGAUCAUUACCACAGCCUCGCCUCACAACGCCAAGUAUCUUCUUGACCUCGGAGCGACGCACGUUCUUGAUCGCCACCUCUCCGCUGACGACACUCGUUCAGAGAUCUUUCAUAUCACUUCCAAGCCUAUUCAGACCAUAUACGAUGCUGUGUCUUUGUUAGAGACGCAGAAUAUGGCAUAUGAUAUCCUGGCUACAGGAGGAUGCCUUGUGUUGGUUCUAAACGAAGUUCUAGAUAAAAAGAAGAAGAGGGAGGACAAACGUGUUGUCAAGGUUUCUGGAAGCACCGUCGUGCCGGAAGAAAAUAGAGCAAUGGGUAUCAGUUUGUAUUCGAGACUAUCCGCGCUGCUGGACGAGGGCAUCAUAAAACCGAACAGGGUCGAGAUUCUGCCGAAUGGUCUUGAAGGUAUUUCCGAUGGUUUGGCGCGGCUUGGGAAUGGAGUCAGCAAUAUCAAGCUGGUUGCGCGCCCGAUGGAUACUCUGUGACCUUUCAUCGAGGAUGCAUAGCUCUGGUCGACGUACAAGUCAUGCGUGGAAUGUGAAUUCACUCGUACAGUCUUCGGUGGCGAUGUUCGACGAGCGUCUGGCACAAUCGAUGUCGAGAAAUUCGGCGAAGCUGCCCUUCCAGUCGCUAGCAUGAGGUGCUUCAUGGGUCAUGUUUUCAGGCGCCUUCUUCCGUUAAGGUCUACUUAGUGGUUGCACAGCCUGCCUCGAGAUCUGCA